UUUGCGUAAGUCUGAUUUCACUCUCGCGGAACUGUUGUACACGUCAUUUGUAAUCGAUAAAUUGGAGAAUGUUUUUUUUCCUCUGAAUGUAAAGACAAAUUAAUUAAUGUAUGAAAAUGGAGGAUGAUGCACCGGUUAUUUAUGGCCUGGAGUUUCAGGCACGGGCUCUGACCGCUCAGACCGCUGAGACUGAUGCCAUCAGGUUUCUAGUGGGCACACAGUCACUGAAAUUUGAUAACCAGAUUCACAUCAUUGACUUUGAUGAUGAAAAUAAUAUGAUUAAUAAGAGUGUACUGCUGCAUGAUGCUGGUGAGAUAUGGCACAUCAGUGCCAGCCCCGCAGACAAGGGAGUGCUGAGUACAUGCUACAACAAGACGUCUGAGAGUCGGGUGCUCACAUGUGCGACGGUGUGGAGGAUGCCCCCGGAAUGGGAAUCAGGCAGCCAUGAGUCCCCCGACGAUUCAUCAAACAACCCACAGACCUUGGAGCUUCUCUGUCACCUUGACAACACGGCCAACAGCAGCGUGGCCUGUGUACUGUGGGAGCCCAUGGGUGAUGGCAAGCGUAUGAUCUCUCUGGCUGAAAAUCAUGUGCUGCUGUGGGACCUGCAGGAGAGCUCCACUAAGGCCACGAUUUCAAGCAGUGCCACCCUGGAGGGCAAAGGGCAACUGAAAUUCACUGCAGGCAAAUGGAGCCCACAUCACAACUGCACCCAGCUGGCGACAGCUAACGACACGGCCAUUCGUGGCUGGGAUCUACGGAGCAUGAGUCAGAUCUACUGCAUUGAAAAUGCUCACGGACAGCUGGUACGUGACUUGGACUUCAACCCCAACAAGCAGUAUUAUCUGGCUAGCUGUGGAGAUGACUGUAAAGUCAAGUUCUGGGAUGUGCGGCACAUCAGCGAGCCUGUCAAAUCCCUGGAGGAGCACUCUCAUUGGGUUUGGAGUGUGAGGUACAAUCAUUCUCAUGAUCAGCUCUUGCUCACGGGCAGCAGUGACAGCAGGGUGAUCCUGUCCAACAUGGUGUCCAUCUCCUCUGAGCCAUUUGGACACCUGGUAGAUGAUGAUGAUCUCAGUGACAAUGAGGAGAACCAACAGGAAGACAAAGGGAAAGAGCCCCUUCAGGACAGCAUCAUUGCCACGUAUGAAGAGCAUGAAGACAGUGUGUAUGCCGUGGAGUGGUCUGAAGCCGACCCCUGGCUGUUUGCCUCACUUAGUUACGAUGGCCGGCUAGUGAUUAACAGAGUACCGCGAGCCCUCAAAUACCGCAUUUUACUGUAGAGCAGAAUGAACUCUUGUUUUGGAGCUGACCAACACCAACAUCCCAUGCUUCUUCAGAUGAGAAGAUGACUGAAAAUAUUGUUUUGACUUUAUAUGGGAGUGUUUCAGUAAACUCUACAGUGUCAGAUAUCUACAGCAGCUGUACCGUUGCUCUAAUGAAUACCAUUAAUCAGAUUUUUGCUGUAAUUUCCUGACACCUGAUGAUUUUUUUGGACUGCACCAAGAGGUUUGCGAUUCACCUACAUCAAAAUGAGUUUAUUUAAAGACAGAUAUCUGCAUUUUUUUUGUGUCUACUGUGGGAAAUCAGAACCCUGAAGAUUAAUUAUGAUUAUGUGUCUUAUCAUGUGUGGUUUAACAACAGCAAUGUUCUGUGGAGCUGUCACAGAGCAUUUAAUUACCCCUGUAUGUUCCCCAUAAAACAGCUUUAAUUAAAGAGCAGGACAUCUUGGGCUUUGGUUUGAUAUCCUUCCUGUCUUUCUCUGCUUAUCUGUCUCUCCUGCUCCUCCUCCUGUUUCUGUAAUUGCAGGAGCUGAGAGUUGUCUGUGAGUGUUCAUUAAAGCAUUCUCCAGUGACGGUCUGUUUUAAUUGUAGCUUGACUCUCCACAUCUCAGGCUGCCAGGGGAAUGCCGCGGUCCGAUCCAUCAAUACCAGGGCCAGCGGAACGACUCGAAUGUGUAAUGUCAGUGUUUGGUGUCUCAAGUGGUGUGUCUACCCUUUGCAUACUGCAUUCUCAGUGAUGUGGAGUUUUGGGACUCUUGCCCUCUCACGCCUUUUUCACUCUUAAUGGGUCUGUCACAAGCCCUGCCGUCGCUCUCUCACCCUGUUCUUCGGUUGACGUGCUGUCAUGGUGAAGUGGGGCUCUAACAUAGAGAAAUUUGCAUGAAUCCUCGUCUUCCUAUAAAAUAUCCUGUGUGACUCCAUGGCAUAGCAAGAGUUUGUGUGUGUAUAUCAGAUUUGAGGAGAGUGUGACAUCUCUAAUAAUCAUAAUAAUCUGCAUAAUUUGAAGGGUUAAUAGCGAGUUAACAUGCACAUUAAAGUGAUGCUUAAAGGAAUAGUUCACCCUAAAAUGGAAAAUCUGUCAUCCUUUACUCACCCUCCUGUCAUUCCAAACCUGUUUGCAUUUUUGAAGAGUAUCCUCUUUCAUAUAAUGAAAUUGUGGACUAGGGUUGUCCCGAUCCAUAGAAAAAAUCAGACUCAAAAGAAUCAAGAGGAAAUUAUUUGUUCUCAAUGUAAAGAUUUUCAAUGAAAAAGGAUUGUUUCUCACACAAAGCUAUCUUAUGACCAGUGUUAAUCUCUUCAACUAAAUUACUGAUGAAAAUGAUUAGCGACAAAGGUUUUUUUUUAAAUUUAUUUUUUUGGUCAUCAAUAAUGAAGAUGAGACGGAAAAAAAAUGUAGGCCUAUCUUAAUCAAAGGGUUUUAAAGGAAUAGUUUACCCAAAAAUUAAAAUUGUCUCAUCAUUUACUCACCCUCAUGCCAUCCCAGAUGUGUAUGACUUUCUUUCUUCUGCUGAACAGAAACUAAGAUUUUUAGACGAAUAUCCCAGCUCUGUAGGACCAUACUGUGCAACUGAAUAGUGGCCAGAACUUUGAAGCUGAAAAAAGCACAUAAAGUCAGCAUAAAAGUAAUCCACAUGACUCCAGAGGUUAAAUCCAUAUCUUCAGAAGCGAUUGGAUAGGUGAGGGUAAGAAAUAGAUCAACAUUUAAGUCCUUCUUUACUAUAAAUUUUCCUCCCUGCCCAGUAGGUGGUGAUAUGCAUGAAGAAUCUGAAUCGCCAAAAACAAAAGACGACGAAUGUCAAAGUGAAAGUGGAGAUUUAUGUGUAAAAAAUAAAAAAUAAAAUAUUGAUCUGUUUCUCAACCAUAUGUAUCAUAUCGCAAGAAGUGACUGAAAUCCAGUCAUAGUAUAUUGGGUAUUACCCAUCUAAAGCUGUGUGAGCUGCAAGAGCUGAACACCUUGAAAACAUUUCCUCUAAGGUGCACACAGUAAUUUUUUCCUCAAUAAACAAGUUUAACUCCUAAAGACAUGAAUUGAAAUUUUGAAUCAUGAGCACCACAUGAAAUGGAGACUCCAGUCAAAUCAGUAACCUUAUAAAUGCUGUUUUAUUCUACAUGGAGAGGGUCCACACAUGGGGGCGGCCAUGUUAGAAUCACAUGACUAGCCUAAUACUACUCGCUUAAUCUCAGUAUCCGUCCUGUUAUUGGACACUUUCACUCAUUGAUUAAAGUAAUCAUGACUGACUGUGAAUACUAAAUUUAAUUUAAUUAAAUUAUGCUGAUUAAUUAUAUUAAUGGUGAUUA